GGUCAAUCUGCGCCGGCGUCUAGGCUGCUGGCCAAAAAGCUCUGGCUAAUCAGGAGUCAAAGCUGCCUCCCCUUCGCGCAUGGGAAGGACAAACUAACUAACAUUGCAGAGUUACCGUCCCAGAGCUGGGCGCCGUCGCCGUGCACCCGCUCCCCGGGCCCGCCGCCGGCGCGAUGUGCCUUCCGCUGCUGCUGGGGCUGCUGCUGAGCGUGCUGCUCCUGGCGACCCUUUGCAAAGUUUACCUAGGACUCUUUGCAGAGAGCUCCCCCAACCCCUUCUCCGAGGAUGUCAAGCGGCCGCCCGCGCCCCUGGUGACCGAUAAGGAGGCCAGGAAGAAAAUUCUCAAACAAGCUUUUUCAGCCAGCCGGGUGCCAGAGAGGCUGGAUGCAGUGGUGAUUGGCAGUGGUUUUGGGGGCCUGGCAGCAGCAGCAAUCCUAGCCAAAGCUGGCAAGAGAGUUCUGGUGCUAGAGCAACAUACCAAGGCAGGAGGCUGUUGUCAUACCUUUGGACAGGAUGGCCUUGAAUUUGACACAGGAAUCCAUUAUAUUGGGAGCAUGGAUGAGGGCAGCAUUAGUCGUUUUAUCUUGGACCAGAUCACUGAGGGGCAGUUGGACUGGGCUGCCUUGUCUUCUCCCUUUGACAUCAUGGUUCUAGAAGGGCCGAGUGGCCGGAAGGAGUUCCCCAUGUACAAAGGAAAGAAAGCCUACAUUCAAGGCCUCAAGGAGAAAUUUCCCCAAGAAGCAGAUGCCAUUGACAAGUACAUAAAGUUGGUUGAGGUGGUGUCCAGAGGAACCUUCCAUUGCAUCUUGUUGAAGAUGCUCCCGUUGUUUCUGGCUCAGCUUCUCAACAAGUUCGGCCUGCUCACCCGCUUCUCUCCCUUCCUUCGAGCAUCCACUCAGAGCGUGGCUGAGGUCCUACACCAGCUGCCUGCCUCCCCAGAGCUGCAGGCGGUGCUCAGCUACAUCUUCCCCACUUAUGGUGUCACCCCCAGCCACAGUUCCUUUUCCAUGCAUGCUCUGCUGGUUGACCACUAUCUGAAAGGGGCCUUUUACCCCCGAGGUGGGUCCAGUGAAAUCGCCUUCCACACCAUCCCGGUGAUUCAGCGGGCUGGCGGCGCUGUCCUGACGAGGGCCACUGUGCAGAGUGUGUUGCUGGACUCAGCUGGAAAAGCCUGUGGGGUCAGUGUGAAGAAGGGUCAGGAGCUGGUGAACAUCUACUGCCCCAUCGUGAUCUCCGACGCCGGACUGUUCAAUACCUAUGAGCGCUUGUUGCCAGAGAGUGCCCACUCUCUGCCAGGUGUGAAGCAGCAGCUGGGGAUGGUGCGGCCAGGCUUGAGCAUGCUCUCUGUUUUCAUCUGCCUACGGGGCACCAAGAAGGACCUGGGUCUGGAAUCUACCAACUUCUAUGUUUAUUUUGACACAGACAUGGAAAAGGCGAUGAAGAGUUACCUCUCGAUGCCCAGGGAAAAGGCUGUAGCACACAUCCCUCUGGUCUUCAUUUCUUCCUCAUCAGCCAAGGACCCGACAUGGGAGGACCGAUUUCCAGGGCGGUCCACGAUGGUCGUGCUGGUGCCCACUUCCUAUGCGUGGUUUGAGGAGUGGCAGGAGGAGCCAAAGGGAAAGCGAAGCAGUGACUAUGAGACUCUCAAAAACUCCUUUGUUGAAGCUGCGAUGUCAGUUGUCAUGAAGCUUUUCCCGCAGCUGGAGGGAAAGGUGGACAGUGUGGCUGGAGGAUCCCCACUGACCAACCAAUUCUAUCUGGCUGCUCCCCGGGGUGCCUGCUAUGGGGCUGACCAUGACCUGGGCCGCAUGCAUCCUUGCGUGAUGGCCUCCAUAAGGGCACAAAGCCCCAUCCCCAACCUCUACCUGACAGGCCAGGAUAUCUGCACCUGUGGGCUGAUGGGGGCUCUGCAAGGGGCCCUGCUGUGCAGCAGUGCCAUUCUGAAGCGGAACUUGUACUCAGAUCUUAAGAAGCUUGGCUCGAGGAUCCAGGAACAGAAGAAGAAGAAUUAGUUCAGUCAGGGAUGAGUCAGAGGAUUUUGCCCAGUGCUUGUGGGCAUAGCCCCUGACUUAACCAUAAUGUCUUUCUACAUUAGUGCCUUGCUCACAUAAAGUACUUGUAAUUUGGUUUUAAUUUCUGAAUAGUGGCCUUAUACACAAGUCUAGCAUAGAUCAUAGUCCUUAGACUGAAGCUUUCCCACCUGAUGAAGGUGAUAAACUCAGUUUUUCAAAUAUGCCAUCCCUACUAAAAGACCCAGGGUGGGCUGCUGAUUUAGAUAGCCUUAAGGUCUCAUCGAGCAGGGCUCUGCAUUCCACAGCCACACCUCCUUACUCUGAACAAAUACCAGGUGGACAGACCCUUGAAAGUAUUGGCGAGCUGAAGCAGGUUGGUCCAGUUGUCCCAGGACUUCCCUCACUUAUUGUUAGGGCUGCGUCACAGGAGUUCUACACUGUUGAAGAGAAAGGGUACCUAGUGAAGUUUCAGUCAAAAUGUGGAGAUGGUUUUGGUUGUAGUGCCAUAGUUUCAGAGGCUUUCAGAUCCUGCUUUUGCUGAGUUUAGUGGUUGCUCCAGAGGCUGGAGAAAUGCGUGACACAAUCAUUGUGAUUGUGGAGGCAACGGAAAGAUAUUAGUGAGGUCUAUGUUAGAAGACAAGGACCAGUUCAUAUACAGCCAGGCCCUAGGUUCAUCUUCCUGGUGAUCAGUGGCAUCAGGUACUCAGCACCCCAGCACCCAGACAGCCUCCAUGCCUGACUGCAGGACACAUCCACAAUAUACAGGGAAGGGUGAUGGGAGCAGUUUGGGAACAGAACUGGAAAGAUGACUUCACUGGGGUAGAAGCUGCUAAAAAAGUAUCCCAGACUACAGGUACAGCAGAAGACACAUACAGGGAGAUAGCAGAGGCCCAGCUACCUCCUGCACCUAGAACACCAGGACUGCCUGGUGGGAAGGAGAAAGAAGAGGGUUAGAAAUCAGUUGACAUGAGAAAAUGGAAAGCGAUAGAAUGUGUGCAAAGCCCUGGAGUGGCAUUUUCAGUUUAGUGCUACAUUUGGGGAUUAGAUGGGAAGAUGAAUGAAGAUUGACAGAAAAAAUGCCCUUUCACUUACUUUUGGCCUUAUUUUAAUGCAAUAUUAAUAAAUUUGAUAACUAUAGCUUUAAUAUUUGAAAUUUAUUUCGGUUUCUGCAAUGAUACAAAACUACAUCAAGAUGGCAUUCAUGGACGCUCAGUGAAACAUUAUGUACUGAAAAUA